UCUACCUUUACGACUGCAAUUGAUUUUGAUUUCUUCUUUGUAUUUCUAUACAUUGAAAUUACAAAACAUAUCGCGUUAUAAUUGCAUUUAUUACGAUUUUAUUCUAUGUUAAUAAGAAGUGAUGUAAAGUGAUUCGUGAGCAGAUAUAUAUUAUUUGUUUAAACUAUCCAUACUACAAUAGUAAUGGUUGUUCGUAUUUUGCAAAAGACAUGUUGAAAAACAAAAUUGACGUCACAAAUCCCAUCAGCUGUGCUGUUUAAUUUAUUAGCGGUGAUUGCAUUAAAAAUUCAAAUAAAAUGGGUGGUGCCGUAAGUUCCGGGCGUGAUAACAAUGAGUUGAUAGACAAUUUAAUGAGUGGGAAUUAUAUCCGUACAAAAAGUGUCGAAAAUGUCUUUCGUGCACUAGAUCGAGCUGACUACAUGACACCGGAGGCACGGGACCAAGCCUACAAGGACUUAGCCUGGCGCAAUGGACCUCUUCAUUUGUCUUCUCCAUGUAUCUAUAGUGAGGUGAUGGAGGGGUUAGAGCUGAAACCGGGGCUAUCCUUCCUGAACAUUGGCUCUGGAACCGGAUACCUCAGUACCAUGGCUGGCCUGAUACUUGGGACCUCAGGCAUUAACCAUGGCGUGGAGGUACAUCCAACGGUUGUGGAGUAUGCUGUGAAGAAAAUUAGCCAGUUUAUUGAAAAUUCUCCUAUUCUGGACGAUUUCGACUUCUGUGAACCAAAGUUUUAUCAUGGUAACGGCCUAUGUCUGACUCCAUUGUUAUCUUGUUAUGAUCGUGUUUACUGUGGCGCCGCCUGUCCUGACGAGUACGAAAAUUACUUCAAGAGACUUAUUAAGGUGGGCGGGAUCGUGGUGAUGCCGCUGAACGAUACUCUGCAGCAAGUGCGGCGCGUCGGCGACAACAAGUGGGUGACGCGCAAUCUGCUCAACGUGUCCUUCGCCACGCUGCGGACGCCGAGCAGGGACGAGGCCGCUCAGCACGUCAAGCUCGACAAGCAGUCGCCGGUGCGGCUGCAGCUGCUGUCGCGCGCGGCCGUGCGCGGCGCCAUGCGGCGCGGCGUGCUGCGGCGCCACCCCGAGUUGCGCGAGGCGCCGCGCGUGCCGCCGCCCCCCGCCUGCCCGCGCCGCAUCUGCAUCCCCAUCGAGCCCGGCGGCAACGUCGAGGGCUUGAACGUCCUUCACGACCUCGACGGCGAGAACGGGGCGAACGAGAUGAACGCGCUGCUGAGUCUCGUCAUCAGCAUGGGGCACAACCGGGUGGCCGGCGCGCUGCGCUUCGACCGUGUCGACGAUUCCUCGACGGACUCCUCGGACGCCUCGGACGACGGCGACCGGCGUCCGGUACCAUCCGAGCCGGCGGGGGGCUCGCGGCGAGAGGCCGGUCCCGUCGACCCGCAACCCAGGAAUCGCUCUGCAUCGAAUGAUAGUCCCGAUAAAAAACGGAGUGCUUCCUCCGAUUCUGACGACGAUAAACCGAACACCAGGCCGAAGGUCGACAGGACGGAGGGCAAGGCCGGCACCCAGCGCCAGAGCAGACGUUCGCGCAGAUCUCGCGGGGACGGACCGGACGAGCCGCGGUUCCCGCCCGCCUGUCGGGAGCUGCUGUCGUACAGACACGAGUUGGACGAGCCGUCGACGUCGAGUAAGGAGGCUAAGACGAGCACGAGUGAAGAAUUGACGGAUUCGCCGGAGCGCAAGUCUCUCACGUCCACGGACGAGGACGCCCAUUGCAGCAAGGAAACGAAACGCGCAUCUCCACCCGGCGUACCCUCCGAAGUUGAGAUCGAUUUGGGCACGAAGAUGACUCAGGAGGCCAGCACCUCCCGCAUGGACUGGGACGACCUGCAGCCGGAGAUCAUAGAGAUCAGCGACGACGAGACCGAGGACACCGAGGACAAGAGCAAGGCGAAGAGGCAGAAGCUCGACAGCGGGAUAGGCGAGACCACGCCGAGCGGCUCGUCGCCGGACAAGUCGAAGACCGAGUCGGAGAGCGACCGGAGCUACCACAGCCCCACGAGCGACGCCGGCUCCCGGCACGAUGGGCGCUCGGACGGCGACUGCGCCGAGCUGCGGCGGCACGCGGCGCGACGCCGACGCCGCAUCGCGCGCGGGGGCGACGCGCGCCGCGUGCGCCUGUCGCUGCUCAUGAAGCAGGCCGUGCGCGAGCUGCCGCUGCCGCACCCGCUCAAGAAGUUCGUCAACCUGGGCCGCUGCUUCGAGUUCUAGGUGCAUCGCAGUAGCCUCGACGUUUACCGACAUUAUGAGUGUCAUAAUAAUAUAAUUAUUCAAGUAUCUCGGGAUGGUCGAUGAGGACGGAGGCUUUUCAUACGUAAAGUCUGGUGGGAAUUGAGCUGAGAAGGACUGAUUAAUACUUAGUCAUUUAUAAAAUAAUGUAUCUCUAUUGAUAAACCCGAACCGAACGAAACACGCCUCCCUCUCCCGUCGGUGUCUCCGAGUCGGAGAGGGGGGACUCGCCGUCGGCGCGAGUUUAUCGAUGAUGAAUGUACAUGCCUCAUAUUGCAUGAAUUAAGUCAACUUUGGAUUUAUAAAAUAAGCGAAUGAAAUGUAGAGGAGGUAUUUGUAAAAAGAUCUUUAAAAAAGACUUCAAUAAAGUAAUAAUAAAUUGUA